AUGUCGCGCUUCGGUCGCGACGUCCUCUCCGUAUUUGAUGUCGCUUCAAGUGACCAGGAUUUCCUCGCCGACGUCAUCGAAUCCAGUCGGACCCAAGCAACAGCCGAGCUUGAGAAGCUUCGCCAGGAAAGUUUGUUAGCAGGCGCUCAAGAUUGGCAUUAUCUUAUGCAAUGCGCCAUCUCUAUGCGACGAACUUGCCGAUACGACAGAUACAGCACAGAAGCGCAAGAUGUUCUUGCAUAUGUACGGUGCGUACUGGACGGACGGGUUCUUCCGUCAGACUCGGGCUCAGGCUCGGAGCCAUGGAAUAUGACCGAUAGGCUUAUCGCCCGAGCAAAAGAGCUUGAGGGCGACCCCGAGAUCCAACCACCACAAAUCCCCGGAAAUAUCGACAACCAGCGGCUCUUGCUGCGGCCUAGGCCGGAGGCUUUCUCAAACACGAGGAGUAUCUUCAAAACUUCACCUUACUGGUCUGACCAACCUCAGAAGAAGGUUCCAAAUGAGAGCCGCAAGUGGAGUCUUACACCCUAUUCGACUUUUGGAUUAUCGCAAAUACAUACCCCGUUAGAAGCACAAAAUGAUACUCUUCAAGACUCAAGUCUUGGUGGCCUCGCUGUUGAGCAGGGUUCCCCGCAAGGAGUCACCAUGAGCGAUAAGGAUAACACCCCAAGCGUCAAGCCCAACAGUGUCAUCUCACCCUACUUUACAGACACCUCGGUUUCUGCUGCAAAGACGUUAGUAGUGCAAAAGCGACCACCGCGGGGGACAGUGCCUUCUGUCCCUUUCGCGCCCCUCACAUCGCCGGAUUUUGGCCUCGUUCAGGAGAAAGUUGCACGUGAGCCAUUCUGGCUACUCAUUGCUGUGUCGUUCCUUAUAAAAACCAAGGGUAUACACGCUGUUCCCCUGUUCUUUAAGUUCAAACAGCGAUUUCCCACUCCAGCUGAUGUCGCUUAUGAGUCGAAUACGAAGCCAAUUGUUGAAAUGAUACGUCACCUUGGACUUGCAAACCACCGUGUGGCUUUGAUACAAAAAUAUGCUCGAGGAUUCUUAGAUGAUCCGCCAGCUGCUGGGAAACUGUUCAGGGUGAAAAAGUAUGAUUGUAGGGAUGUUGAAUUUCCAUCUGCUUCUGGAGACUGUGUAUCGUCCCAAGAUAAAGGCGACAAUCAAGAUUUGGAAGCCUGGGAGAUUGGACAUCUCACACAAGGCAAGUAUGCAAUAGACAGUUGGCGCAUCUUUUGUCGAGACGAGUUACUCGGCCGAGCAGAAGACUGGAAGGGAAAGGGUAGAGAUCCUGAGUUUCAGCCCGAAUGGAUGAGGGUGAGACCUGAUGAUAAGGAACUCAGGGCAUAUCUGAGAUGGAUGUGGAUGAAAGAGGGUUGGGAAUGGGACCCGAUCACAGGUGAUCGUGCUGUGUUGAGAGAAGAGAUGCGUAAUGCUGUUAAUGAAGGAAGAGUUGAGUAUGAUGAUAGAGGCGGGUUGAAGCUGAAGGAUGGCCCAAUUGAUCCAUCGCUGUGA